AGGGUUCUACAUGAAAACAGGGGACGGUGAAAGUGGUGCGCGCUUGCACUCAUGAGAGCAGAAUUGCCCAUCGACCGCGAUCGAUCCGCUUUUCAGCACGGUGAUUUAGGCUGAGUUACAGUAAAAGAAAAAUCUGUGAUUUUGGAGAACUGAUCUUUGCCAUACGAUCCUGGGAUAUUGUUUCUGCUGGAUGUGGUUAUUUGUGAGAAUCAGAGACUUGAAGCUGGAGAUUCGUUAUGCACCGUUUAUUGCCGAAGUGGAGUCACUUGCUUCGAGGUGCAUGUGCCAUUUCUGAGUCUGCUUCCAGAGAUGGACUUGUGCGGAUGCCUCCUUUCGCGAGGAUUCGAGCAAAUGUGGAUGCAGAAUUUAAGGCAAUGUUUGGCAGCUGGAUGAAGCGUUUAUUUUGUUCAGAAAGACGUAUUCCAAUAUCACAAGAUCUUAUGGCUGUCAUGGAGAGGCGGAUGAUAUCAUUAGAGGGCCGCCAUGCCUACCUUACCCAGGCUCUUUCUAAGCCAGCAGCCAGCCCAGAUGAGAUUGCUACAAUCAAUAAGGAGCUUAGCAAGAUGGAAGAUUGCAUCCAUACAAUUGCAGCACUGAGAGCAAAACGUGAGGAGAUGAAAGGCUUGAAAAGUAUUUUAGAUGAUGCUGUUGAGGACGAGGAGAUGCAUAAGCUGGCUAUUGAUGAGUUUCGGCUGGCUUCGAGUGAUGAGUUGGAGCUUCAGCAUCAAGUUCUCUUUAUGAUGCUACCCAGAGAUGAAGCUGACCGACGAGGAUGUAUUCUCGAGGUUAGAGCAGGUACGGGUGGUGAAGAAGCGUCACUUUUUGCUAUGGAUAUAUUUAAAAUGUAUGAACGAUUUGCUCAAAAACAGUCAUGGCGCUUUGAAGUUCUAGAUGUGACAGAGACAGAUCUCAGAGGCUAUAAGGAAGCAAGUGCAUCGAUAACCGGGGAUGGAGUUUAUGGCAAGCUCAAGUUUGAGAGUGGAGUGCACCGUGUCCAGCGUGUUCCCGUCACGGAGAAACAAGGGCGUGUUCAUACCAGUGCCGCGUCAGUAGCAGUUCUUCCUCAAGCUGACGAGUUAGACGUUCAAUUACGACCUGAGGAUCUACGCAUUGAUACAUAUCGAGCUGGAGGUGCUGGAGGUCAACACACCAACACAACAAAUAGUGCGGUCCGGAUUACUCAUAUUCCCACGGGCACAGUAGUUGCCAUCCAAGAUGAACGGUCUCAGCAUCAGAAUAAGGCCAAGGCGUUGAAGGUUUUGCGAGCAAAGAUAUAUGAGAAAGAGAGACUGCGUCAACAAUCCAUGCGUUCAAAUCUACGACAAGAACAGGGACAUGAUAGAACUUUCAUCCACCAAGACUGUUAACACCUGAGGCACAGAGAUCAUAAAAAGAUCGGUUCUGGAGAUCGUUCCGAACGGAUUCGAACUUACAAUUUCCCUCAAGGGCGAGUUACUGAUCAUCGUGUGGGGAUCACACAACAUUCUAUAGAGCACAUCCUUCAAGGGGAAGGAAUCGACAAUUUCAUUGACGCGCUGGAGAUGAAACAAGAAAUGGAUGCUCUUGCAUUAUUAAAAGUUGGAAUGGAUUAGACUGAAACGAAUUGGCGCAUAUUGCUCUGUAAUAUCUCUUUUUUAAUGGAAGGUCAAUGACAUUUGCCAAUUCUCGACAACAAAUAUCUCAUGAGCAAUUUGCGCAAUGCUAAUCUUGUGGUCCAGUGGUCUGUAUGACUAUUACUUAAUUUUGGUUUUUAGGGUCAAUUAUAGUCUCAACAAUGGCAGUUAGUAUACCUUACGAAGACAUGUAAAUAUAGCCCGCGUUCUAGUCACGGUCAUACAUACAGCAAUUCAUGUGGGCUAGUGCAAAUAUAAGCUUGGGUUCAACGGCUGGGGAUGAAACUCAUGAUAUGGAUUUCAUCCC